AUGGCAACCAAGCAACCCCCACCUCUAAUGAAGAAGCAUAGCCAGACGGACCUGGUGAGCCGACUCAAGACACGGAAGAUCUUGGGAGUUGGAGGGGAAGAUGAUGAUGGGGAAGUUCAUAGGUCUAAGAUCAGUCAAGUGCUGGGAAAUGAAAUAAAAUUUGCUGUGCGGGAACCCUUGGGGCUCAGGGUCUGGCAGUUCGUCUCUGCCAUCAUAUUUUCUGGGGUCGCCAUCAUGGCUCUCACUUUCCCUGAUCAGCUCUAUGAUGCCAUCUUUGAAGAAGAAUCCGUCAACAGCAAGACUCCUAUCAGGCUGUACGGAGGAGCCCUCCUCAGUCUCUCCCUUAUCAUGUGGAAUGCCCUGUACACAUCUGAGAAGGUCAUCAUCCGUUGGACCCUGCUGACAGAAGCCUGUUACUUUGGGGUGCAGUUCCUAGUUACCACCAUCACCCUUGUUGAGAGUGGCCGGAUAUCCACAGGUGCCAUGCUCCUCCUCACCAGCCGGAUCCUCUUCACCCUUAUCACCGUUUACUAUUAUUACCAAGUUGGACGGCGACCCAAGAAAGUCUAA